CGGAGACGCACGUCACGCACCCUGCUUUUCCUCAGUAAUCGCCGAUUCGCCGACUCGCCUUCUUCACGCAAACGGCAUCAGUAAAUCAGUAAUCGCCUUCUGCUUUUCCUCUCUUCAGCCUUCAAGGAGAGCCGCAGCCCGCAGAGGGAUUUUUCUUCCAGAAAAGAUGCAUCCUCCCCUAACAUUGCAUCGGCACCCAAUGUGUUCAGAAAUUAUUGAGGAGUUCCAAAAAUGUCAUCUGGAUCAUCCUAUUGGCAAGUUCUUUGGAGAAUGCACUGAUCUGAAGAUAAAGCUCGACCGAUGCUUUAGACAAGAAAAAGCUGUGAAGCGGAAGGCGAACUUUGAGGAGAGCAAGAGGUUUAAAGAGAGCUUGCGCGCAUACAGGAAAGAAGCUAACGAGGGCAAUAGCCAAGAAAACUCAUUUGCACAAGCUUAGUAACCUGCUAAUGCAUAUUUAUCCGUUGAGAAAGAGCAGUUGCCUAAUUGCAGCAUCUUAUGGAGUUGAUUUUCGCUGCACUAUUUACUCGAUGUGUUGCUGGAAUCUCCAAAGCUUUGGAGAGAUUUCUGAAUAGAUGAUUUGACACUUGCUAAUUGCAGUUCAUUUAGGCCGUUGCAAUAGUGAUAAAAACGUCGUUUGAUUUUAGUCUAUCGUCCAUGGCCAGUUCUUUGUGUUUGGCACAGUUUGGGCGGGUAACCGUGUUUAUGUGUUAUUCGGGUUAACUCAAAUAAGCAGCUUGAAUUAUUCAACCGUUAAGAAUUGUUUUUUAUUUAAAUUACUUCAAGCACAUACUUUGUACGUAGUACGGAGUAUUAUUUAGUAUACCUUAACAGCUUAACUAUGAGUAAUUUAUUUGUAGCAAUGUUCUUAUUAACCAUAAUGUUAU